AUGGGGUACGACCAAAGCAGGCAAGGCCACAGAAGCCCAAAGCUCCAUACUUCCACCAACUCUCCGGGCGGAAUGCAUGCCAAUUCACCCAAAGAUUAUUUCUACUCCCGCAAAUCAUCUCUUGCACUUACUGAGGCAUCAACGCCAACAGAUGUUGCUCAUCAGAUAUCUUCGAAGUUGGCCGAGGUCACGAACGAGGUAUCGUCACCGAUCAUGUCGGAAAACCAUGUCUCUGAUGCACCGACGCCGUCAAAAAGGCAAAGAGUAAACACUGAGGCUCCCCACGAUGGACGGAAAGUCACAUCUUUUGAUGCUGCUUCCAGUGCAACCAGAAACGAGAUCUACACGGAGGGGUUCGCACCACACACAGAUCCAGUUCUUGCCAACGAUAGACUGACAAGACACUACUUAAAUGCUUUCAUGGAACACGUCAAUACAUCGACGUUCGAAAUCUUUCCGCCCGAACGCUUCAUGGGAUGGGCACUGAACCACUCUCCGAAGUCACUAUGUGAUCGCCUAGUACUUUAUGCAAUGAUGGCCUUCGGAACCAUCCACAGCACCGAUAGAGAUCGAGCUUCCCACAGGAUGGUCUACAAGGAGAUUGUGUAUCGCGAGCUUGAUCAAGUCGAGUCACGGUAUUGCUUGCAGACUGUGCACAUCUUGCAUUUCCUGGCAUUUGCCGAAUUUGCAGACGGAAACCCAAAAGCAUUCUCGCUUUUUGCAAGAUGCGUCGGGGCAAUGGCAGUCAUGCAACUUAACAUCGAGCAGUCUAGUCAGCAGGAAGAGACUCCAUAUGGCUUUUCUCCGACAGUGUAUGCCGAGUGCCGACGCAGGACAUACUAUGCGAUCUCUUGUACAGAUACCUUCUCUUGCAUUAGCAAAGGCGAUCCGAAAAUGCUUCAGAACAGCGACAUAUUUCUCCGGCUACCGUGCGCGAGACAGCUGUACGAAGAGGAUCGUAUUCCUGAAUUGCCGGUCUUUGACCAGGACUAUGUGAUUCCCAAAUCAGUCACGCAACAGGAUUAUUUCGUGAUGGGUGACAUGGUCUGGCUCCUGCAAAUCGCAACAAUCUGCAGCGAGAUACAAUUGAACGUGUGGCGACAUCAACAAUGCAUCAAGGUAGGACGACGUUACGUACUAGAUCGUAGUACAAGACAGAAGCUAAAAGAGAAACUCGACUGGUGGUCAGAUGCUUAUGAGGACGCCAUGCGUGCAAAAGAAAGCAGAUCGGACAAGGAAAGCGACAAACACUUGAACAAUCGAUAUGACAGCGAUAGAUCACGAAAGUUCGCUGGCCUGGAUGUACUUUACCAUUAUGCUCACAUGGAGCUCAAUCGACGAGUACACCAUGGAGACUUGAGCGAAAGAGAAAUUAUGUCACAUGCCAGGAGUGCGAACGUACACGCGGUAGAACUUCUCAAGCUUGCUCAGCAGAUACAACAACGAGAUGGAUACAAUGUGAGAGAUCACACGAUUGUAACGAGGGGGGUGCUUACAGGAUACGCAAUACAUACGGCAAUCGACAUUGUCACUGCUGCUGGCAAAACAGUCGAUAUACUCGAGCCAGCCAGUAAGAUUAUGAGCUUAAUGUACAGCUCGUCGCAGCUGCUGGAACAGCUUACGAAUUGGUGGAUAAGUGCCAGACAACAGCAUGCGUUCGUCAAGGAAAGGAUUCAACUUGUUUGGCAGAAGGCACAGGUUGCUCUUAGCGAGCAGAGGCCAUACUUCUAUUGCUCGCAUCCAAUGGUUCAGGUGGUAGAUACGGACUUCGACUUGAUCUACGGUACUAACCGCAAGCAAUAUUUGCGUGCAGCAUACAGUAUCACAACCACUCUCAGUGACUUUGAAGUCUACAACAUCAACACAGCGAUGAAAAAGGUUUAG